AAACUUUCUGCCGCUGCAACGGAAGCAGGAACUUGCAAACCACAAAACCCGCCGGGCAGGCGGGACCCGCGGGGCAUCCCCUACCAGUCUCGCCGGGACCCUCGAGCCCGUCGCCCCGCCUGCCGCCGAGCGCAUCGGAGCUGUCUUCGCACGGAAGCGCAACAGGGGGCCCCGGGGCUUCUCGCUGCCAGAAAAAUCCCAUCAUCUGUGCAGUCUUCCUGAAGCCAACUGAGGCCAGAGGGAGCAUUAUCCUUGAUCUUUGGACAAUAAGACUAAACUGAGAUUUAAGAUGUUCUGCAGGGAAGAAUGGAGCUUGACUUCCACUUUUGUAAUGAUUUGCUUCCUGAUGCUAAGGCUGUCCACCAGUGAACACUGCCCCACCGAGCGUCUAGAAGACGUUGUCAUUGACAUCCAGUCAUCUCUUUCUAAGGGGAUCAGAGGCAAUGAGCCCAUACAUACAUCAACUCAAGAAGACUGCAUUAAUUCCUGCUGUUCAACAAAAAACAUAUCAGGGGACAAAGCUUGUAACCUGAUGAUUUUCGACACUCGAAAAACAACCAGACUACCCAACUGCUACUUAUUUUUCUGCCCCAGUGAGGAAGCCUGUCCACUGAAACCAGCAAAGGGACUUAUGAGUUACAGGAUAAUUAGAGAUUUUCCGUCUCUGGCCAGGACUGGCUGGCCAAGCCAAGAGUUAGCCCACGAAGACUCGCUCGCCCACGGCCGGGCCUCCCAAGGCCUCACGCCCGCAGCCCUGCGUCCGACAGGCCCCGCCAAGCCCACGGGUGCCCUACGGAGAGAUGCGGCUUCUCUGUUUGCCCCCUCAGAUCACGUGGACACACUGUUCGAGAUGGAUCGAGCGAGUACAGGGUUCCCUGUUUAUAAGGAAAAGGGCCAUUCUCAGACUUCACUGUUUGCCACAGAACAAAACACAGCUCACGUGCUGCCUGAAAAUGUGACAGCAUUCCCCACGUCGGGGGUCGUCGCGUCUCUGCGGCCCGUCGCUGCCAGGCCAGAGCCCGCAUCUCCCCCCGCAGCCACAGCCCCCGUGGAGCCCUCCGUGAUGCCGCCGCCACCGGCCGCCCCCUCGGCUCCCCGGGCAGCGGCCAGCCCCCCGCCUCCCUCAGCCUUCACCGGGGCGGCGUGGACCCCAGCGUGGGCCCGGCCCCGGGCCAGCGUGGCCACAACUGCAGGCCCGGCUCCCAGCUCCCAGGCCCCGACGGACUGGCGGAGCCCCCCGGAAACCGGGUCCUCCAGAGACGUUUCCAGCGUCACCCUGGGCGCAGAGGGUGCCCAGGGCCCUGCCACGCUUCCUUUGUCAAAUGUGGAUUCUUCCUCUAGGAAUAAAACUGCCUCCCAGGAAAAUGGGAAGGCCAGGCCCGGCGGCUCCUCCCUGAGCAGGACUCCGGCAAGUCACAACAGCCUCCCGUCUGCAAGGUGGCUUCUCAUGGGGACGCUGCUGUUCGGGGUUCUGUUCCUCGCCGUAGGCCUUGCCCUCUCGGGUAGAAUCCUCUCAGAAUCCCUCCGAAGGAGACGUUACUCAAGACUUGAUUACUUGAUCAACGGGAUCUAUGUUGACAUCUAAGGGCAAAACUAGAUGGCUCUCGAUUCUGUAGUUCCCUGGUGGCCCAAAUGCGGGGCUUCUGCUGAGUUGCUGAUCUUAGCAGGAGCUCUGAAGUAUUUUGAAGACAGCCAGAUGCACCCUAGUACUUCCAUUCUGCUUAUUUUUUGAAGAGAAAGGGGAAAGGAAACAAAUUAGGUAAUUUGAGUGAUCAGUCACUAAAAUAUUAGCUGAAAACAAAGCUCUACUUAAAGUAAUAAAGUAUAAUUGUCACGUAAAUUGGAAAAUGACUGGCUUUUUGCAGGGAAAAAUGGUUAGGACUUCUAAGGUCCAUUUCGUUAAUAUUUCAGGUUCCAGAAUAAGUCAACUGUUUAUGAUAUUAAUUCUAAUGGAUUUACUUUUUUUUAUAUGAAUUCCAAUAAAACUUAUUCCAGAUGUAUUUCCUUCCAAUUAAAUAUUUGAAUAAAUCUUCUGUUACUCAGUAAUGUUCUUAUAUGUGACACAUCCAGCUGGAUAAUUUUCAGUGUAUUCCCACCAGCAAAAUGAUUAAAUGAUGAAAAUAUGCAUUCUAAAUUAAAAUGACAAAGCCCCCCUUUUCCCAUCAGUGAGCAAAAAGGUUCCUUUGGGAAAAUUCCAGCAGAAUAUUAUUAGCCCACAUGGAGACGAUGAUAAAUCACUUUUGAUAAGUAGCCGAAUGUACUUUGGGUCUGUUCUAGUUAACUAUUUUUCUAAAAAAUAAAAAAGAAAGAAGUAACAGAUAUUUUCUAAACUUUACCAAACUUCAAAUGUACCAAUAUAGUUUAUAAAUCCUUAUCUAAACUUGACCAACAGUCAGUUUUGGCUUUAUUUGGAAUACCAUUGGAAAUAAUAGAUGGCCCUUAAAAUUAUUGUUAAAUGACUGGUAUGCUGUAAUUUUUACUGGUUAUUGAAACGUCUUGAGAAAUGCUUUUGAUAGAGUUUGCCAGACAAGUUGCAGUGGGGUAAUUAAGAAUCCAGGAGGCCACCUGAGUCAGUCUGACGCCUCACCUUUCUGUACUUCAGUUUGCUUAUCUGCAAAACAAGAGGUUUGGUCCUGUCCUGGUGUCUUCAGAUUUUUUAGGAUAAAAAUGGAAUUUGGGUGAGAACUUUAUACAGUGGGCACUAGAGGGCAGUAGCUGGUCAAUAAGUAUUGCAAUGAAGACAUGUAGGAUUUGACAGACACUGGCUUUUCUCUUCUUCUCACCUCCUCCUUCCAGUCGCCUCUCCUGGAGCCCCCUGCCUCCCCGCUGGGUUUACACUAAGCUCAUAAAGCUCAUUAAGAGGAAAGCUGGUCUCUUGAAAA